AUGUUUGUUUUGGGUAGAGGUGCACCAAGAAUAGGCGCCUUGUUGGAGGCCAGUAGAGUCAGGCUCGUAGGCGCCAGCUCCAGACUGACCGACAAGAUAGUAGCAGGUAAAAUGCUAGUAUUUGGACAACUGAAUACAUUUAGGGGGUCUGCACCGAAUAAUAACAUACCUUUGAGAAUGUUUUCGCUGUCCGUUGUUGCAUCUAAAGAAAAGUAUUUCAAAAUAUUAAAAUAUGCCAAACCGGUGGAUACUAAGAAAUACAAAGAGGGAGAUUCACUGAAAGGUGUAGCUGUAAUGCCAUUCAAACCCAAGUAUCCCGUUUACGAAUAUGAAGCUAUGUUUUUUAAGCGUCAGAACAGGGGAUUGUAUGGUGGCUUACAAAGAAAAAGAUCAAAAAGUUGUUCAGAGUCAGGCAAUAAGAAUUUGAGAGCACACAGACCCAACAUUGUCAAGACCAAAUUAUGGUCGGAAACAUUAAAUAAGUCUAUUCAAACUCGAGUAUCAACUAAAGUUCUCAAGACAAUUACGAGAGAAGGCGGGCUUGACAGGUAUCUUACGAAAGAUAAGCCAGCUAGAAUCAAGACCCUUGGGCUUAAAGGCUGGAAAUUACGUUACGACGUAUUGAAGAAGAAAGAGGAAGAUAGUCUUCCAUUUGUAAAUAAGGAUGGUAAGGAGCAAAAGGUUUGGUACGUUCAUCCUGAUGGAAGGAAUUUCAUUGUAGGAAGACAAAAAUUGUUAAGAGAACUCUACGAAUAUACCAGAAGAGAUAGUUAUAGACCCCUUGAGUGGCGCCUGUUUCUUUCGAACCAUUCAUACUUAACUUUCAAAGAAGUAGUGGAUAAAUUAGAAGGCUACAAUUAUGAUUUUUCUGUCGUCACAGCCUAA